AUGACUUCAGUACUCCAUUACCGUGAUCCUAUCGCCUACCGGAGCGACUUCAUGAGCACUCCCAAUUACGCUCCUCCCCACAUGAUGGACAACCCCAAGAAGGCACUCUCCUACGAUGGCCACUCUUCUGAGAGCGAGUCAAGGAAGAACAUGUCUGGCGGCAAGAAGCGCCCCUCAAGAGCUGGAACCCGCAGCGUCACAACCCUCACCGCCGCGCAACUGGAGAGGAAGCGGGCCAACGACCGAGAAGCACAACGAGCCAUCCGCCAAAGAACCAAGGACCACAUCGACUCUCUCGAACGUCAGAAUCGCGAACUUCAAGCCCAGCUGGAGGGCAGUUCUUCAUCCAAGAUGAUUGAUCUCAUGCGUCGCAACGAAGAGCUAGAGCAAGAGAACGCUAUGCUUCGCGCUCGCAUGGGACACGCACCUUCCACCCUGGGGGUUCCAGAACACAACACAGGUAUACUGAUAGCAGGCGCUCCUUCGCCCAGUGAUCGCAUUCAGAUGCUCAGCCAACCACGCAGAUCUUCCACUGGCACAGCAAGAAGCGUCCACUCAGUUCCUGAGAUUGCGACACCUGCUUCCCAAGCUGGUCACUGGCAGACACAACAUUCGUAUGCUCAUCACGUUUCUUCACCGCACGUCGAGGCGCCACCGCCUAUGGAUGUGUCGACAUCGCACCACGACGCGCGCUGGAGUCCUCAUCCGUCGUCGCAUCCUCAGCAUCACUCGGUCUCAAUGGCGGAGCACCCUUCGGUUCACGCUGUCGAGCCUUAUCCAAGCUCCUACGGGAUGGAGAGCAACGCGCGAGCCAUGUCGUAUCCUUUGGAGAACGCUUCGCUCGUCACUUCUCAGCCUAUGCAGAUGACUGGUUACGGUACACCGACUUCACACCCUUCGCCGCACCCAUCUGAGUAUCAGCGACACAUGAGCGUCCCAAUGAACCACCAGGUGCCGCCGCAACCCCAGCAUCCCCACGCGCACGCACAACAGCAGACUUCCGCGCCGUACCCCUCGUACACUCAUCAGGGCUAUGCACCACAAGUCAGCCAUCCUAGUGAGAUGCCUAUGAUGGCACAUGCUCCCCACUCGCACGCUCAGCCUCAGCCGCAAAUGAUGGGCGAGCCUGGUCAACACAUCAUGUACAUGCAGCCCAACAUGAAAGUUGAGCAUUGA